AUGUCGCAAUUGGAAUUGUUCAAAAGAGCCGGCAAUGAUGCCAUCAACGUGAACCCAGCGUCUGGCGUGGACAUCCGCAUGACUGAAAGCGGUUCAGAUUGGCUCUGGGCCGUGUUUUCCAUGUUUGGUUUGUGUUCGUUGAUCUACGCGGGGCUUUUUGUGGUCUAUGAGCACAGGGGCGUGAACCUGCACCGCUACGCGGUUGCAGGUCCACUCAGCGUUUCUUUGGUGAUGGCUUUCUCGUACUUCACCAUGGCAUCGAACUUGGGCUGGACUGCAGUCCAAGCGGAAUUCAACCAUCAGACCACAAGCGACCAGAUUCUCGUGCCUGGAAUCAGACAGAUCUUUUACGCCAAAUACAUCGCCUGGUUCUUGACAUGGCCGAUCCUGUUGUACCUCUCGGAACUCACCGGGGUGGUUACGAAGAGCAUCGAUACCAUGGCGGAGAGCUGGUCGUUUUUCGAACUUGCCCAUAGUCUGGUGCUCCAGAUCUGCGGCAGUUGGUUUUUCAUAAUCGGCUUACUCGUGGGCUCUUUGAUAAGCUCCAGCUACAAGUGGGGUUACUGGACCAUGGCUACAUUUGCUCAAAUGUUAGUCACCUUCCUUGUAUUCAAACAUCAAUUGCGGGACUUGACCACCAGCGGCGUCAAGCUGGUGGUUUUGAUAUUUACCCAUUUCUGCAUUUACCUUUACCUGAUUGCCUGGGCUCUCACUGACGGUGGAAAUGUCAUCACGGUUGAUGCAGGCCACGUUUUCUUCGGGAUUUUGGAUCUAUUGAUCUUCAUUUUGGUUCCUGCUUUGCUUGUGGCCACCUCUAUAUCUUUAGGUGCUACUCCCGACUUUGCACUAGGACGUAGGCACCAUCACCACGAUCUGGAAAAAGAUGCAAAUGUUGAACCUGUAAGACACUCGGGAGAAACUGAAGUCCCUUUGCACAAUAACACGGCUCACGUCGCUGUUGCUGACACCGAACCUAACGUUACAGCCACUCAAGAACCAAUAGUGGCGUAG